GUUUAUUUAAAAAAAUAUAUUUUCCCACUUGUUGCUCUAUGUUUUUUAAACUAAUUACAGAUACAUACAUGCCAUGCUCCGCGACAGGACUGCCCUACCAGGAUGCUCUUUGUCAGACCAAAGCACCUCAACCAACUCCAUAUCCAUCGAACCACCUCUAGCCAUCAUUGCCCCGGCACACCCAAUAGACACCCCGGACUACGUGAUAAUCCCCAACAUCCCACCACUAGAACCACUCGGGCGCAGCUCAGAAUACACCACAGGCUCACUGACCCUUCGACAAACCCUGCAGCUUGCAGAACGGCCCACAAGACACACAACCCGACUGAAAUCCAUCCUCCAAUACCUCGCACUCACUAAAAACUCUACCGCGAGCGGGAAUAAUGUGGAGGAGGAUUCGGCAAGUAGCGAGGAGUUUAUGCGAACCGGACUCGUUGGCAAAAACAUUUCCUGGCUUGGCCCAUUAACUGCCAUCACCCUAGCCUCCUCCAUCAUGGUCACCUAUCUAUCCAUGCUUAACGACUCUCCGUGCAGGAACUGCACCAAUGUAGGAGACCCUGGACUGCACCUAUCGGCGUUUGGAAACUGCGCACCGAUGAAUUACACACCGGGUGUUUGGCCCCUGGGACUGGUUCGCGCGGCAAUUGUGGAUGAGUGUGAGGCGUGUGGAUUGGGUGGGAUUUUGCUGAGCGCGGAUGCGUUUAGGAUAAUCGCUGGUGAUCGGGUGGGUACAGUGUCUGUUUCUUGGGGGCCCUGUUGACAAAUACACUGUAACAAAACCCCAACAUGCGUUAUAACACCUUUCAAUGGAGGUUGGGAAUUAAGUGCGGUCAUUUGGCAGAGACUCAGCAGCUGCAGCCAGGCGCAAAUCCAGGAGGGCAACCCUCUGCUGUGCGGCUGCUACUCAUCCAAGCGGGCAGCGCAUGGAUUUGAUAUAUCCACUUAUAAUGUCAGUUGUGGCCAUCAAUUAUUGAGCACAUGACAGGGCUUUUCAAAUGAGCAAGUGGAUCUGUGGAUCUACUAUCUGGCAAGUGCGAGGCUUUUUUGUCCAGUGCAGCAAAUUCUAG